AUGUUAGUAACAUGCGGAGUCCUGCAGCACCAAGCUCUGAUGACAUCUGAUUCAUAUCAUAUUUACCAAGAAAUGCGAGCAAAGCCAUGUAUGUUUCACAGCUUCUCCACAGCCAAAGCCAGACAACGAGGUGUCGUCAUGAAAUUUCCGAUCACUCCCCGCCAAAUGCUAAAGUGA